AUGAUAAAUCAAUAUGGAUGGAACUUGCUGCAACACCCUAUAGUUCUUCAGGUUGAAGAGAACACAACAUCAUUUUCCUUAGUUGAUUUACCUAUUCAAGCUAGAAAAGCAAAGCUGCAUAUAUGUCUAUAGUCUGGGAGUUGUUAAGGAGAAUCAGUUGUUACUUGGACUUUAUCUACAAAAGUUGAUAUGAUCAAAAUCUCUAGUCAUCCAUACACUUAAAAUGCUUGGAACAGCUAUAGUGAAAAUUGUGCAAUAAGGCUUGAUGAGAAAAAAAAUAUUGAAAUAAGCAGAAGCGGAAGUUUUCCUUAAGGAUACUUUUCAAUUGUAAUUGAAGUUUUAGGUUAUAAAUGA